CCUCUAGCUUCCUGGAGAGAUUCUAAUUGGCUGUCAGUGACAUCAUCGCUGCACGCACGGCGUACUGAAGGCCCUUCGCCCCGCCCCCGUCGUCCUCCGCACCAAUCAGCAGCCACAGAGGCGCACGGUUCGGUCAGGAUCCGCCCCACGAGGGGCCGGCCUUCACUGUACAACACGGACCCAGUUUAAUAUUAAUGAAGCCGCGCAUUGGCUCAGAGUGGCGUCAAUCCCGCUGCGCGACUUUUGUAGGCUGGCAGAUUUCCUUCAACAUUAUUUCUGGGGGAGCAGGGUUAAAGUACUAAAAAUGUUGCCGAUCCACAACACGGGGAUGGACUGAAUGGAGGCGACGCUGCCAGCGAGCGGAGACAAUAAAUCCGUGUACAGUGAACCGAGCGGCCUGUUGAGUUCUCCGUAGACGUCCAGCCCUCGGCCUCCCCAUGCCUCCAACUCCCCUCGACGACAGAAUUGUGGUGGCGCUGCCAAGGCCGAUCCGACCUCAGGAACUCCAACUGCGCCUGGACACCAGCUACCUGGACACCAUCGUCACCGGCGGCAGCGGCAACGCAGUCGUCAGCACCACCGUGGUGAAGAUCCGGGCGACGGCCAAUCUUGUGACGUAUAUGCCCUCAUCCAAGGGCUCCACGCGCUCGUUGUCGUGUGGAUGCAGCAGUGCCAGCUGCUGCUCUGUGACUACCUAUGAGAAGGACAGCCAGAGCCUCAACCACAGCCAAGUGAGCGCCAGCAGCCCCGACCUCAGCUAUGCCGCCCCCCCGCCCCCCAUGGUCAGCAACCACGAGGCGCUGAGCGCCCCCAGCGUCGCCCCGGGCACCCCCAAGGCCAUAUGCAGCGUGAGGGUGCUCCACCCCAACGAGCUGGCCCGGCGCAUGACCCGCUGUCCCAUGGGGCACCCCGUGGGGCCGCUGCCGGUUGUGAUCGACUGCCGGCCCUUCACCGAGUACAACAAGAGCCACAUCCGGGGGGCCGUGCACAUCAACUGCUCCGACAAGAUCAGCCGGCGGCGGCUGCAGCAGGGCAAGAUCACCGUCCUGGACCUCAUCUCCUGCCGCGAGGGCAAGGACUCCUUUAAGGGCAUCUUCUCCAAAGAGAUUGUGGUUUACGACGAGAACACCGUGGACCCCGUCCGCCUGACGCCCUCGCAGCCGUUGCACGUCGUCCUGGAGUCGCUGAGGAGGGAGGGCAAGGAUCCAAUCAUCCUCAAAGGAGGCCUUAGCUGCUUCAGACAGAGCCAUGAGAACCUGUGCGAGCACUCGCUGCAGCUCCACGAGGGCCUGGACCCAGGCGCCGCUGCCGGCCUGACGGGGGCGCUACCUCACUCGCUGCCCUCCACCCCCGACAUAGAGAACGCCGAGCUGACCCCCAUCCUGCCCUUCCUCUACCUGGGCAACGAGCACGACGCUCAGGACGCCGGCCUGCUGCAGCGCCUCAACGUGGGCUACGUCCUCAACGUCACCACCCACCUGCCGCUCUACCACUACGACGCGGGCCUCUUCGUCUACAAGCGGCUGCCCGCCACCGACAGCAACAAGCAGAACCUGCGGCAGUACUUUGAGGAGGCGUUCGAAUUCAUCGAGGAAGCACAGCAGGCGGGUUUGGGCCUCCUGAUCCACUGCCAGGCAGGCGUGUCCCGUUCAGCCACCAUCGUGAUCGCCUACCUGAUGAAGCACACCUGGAUGACCAUGACCGACGCCUACAAGUUCGUCAAGACCCGGCGGCCCAUCAUCUCCCCGAACCUGAACUUCAUGGGCCAGCUGCUGGAGUUCGAGGAGGACCUCAACAACGGAAUAACGCCACGGAUCCUCACGCCCAAGCUGAUCGGCGUGGAGACGGUCGUGUGAGCGAGCCCCCGGUUGACUGUUUCUCUGAAGGAGCCCGGCUGCUCUUGGAGGCUGGUUUUUGAGCCUGAGAGAGAGAGAUGCCGUAUUCUCAAACCUCCUCACGCCCAUCUUGGAGUCUCUGGAGCGCCGGAGCUCCGGGUCAGCAGCGAUGAGAAAUGCCAAAAAUCCCAGCGGUGUGGACCUGGCCCCAGUCCCGGUGGAGCGGAGGAAGCGGUGGGAAGAGUUCCACCGACUUGAAGGGAAAGGAAACAGGUCACUGUACUUUACUCUACGUGCUUUGGGGCAAUUACUCCUAACUCUUAACGCUCACACUGUGGCACACAGCUCAUGUUUGCAGACUCGGGGUUGGCCACGGCAGUGCCUGUCAAAAAAAAAAAAAAAAAAAAAAAAAGAAGAA